AAAUACUUUCCAAAAGAACACACAAAAACCCAAAAAGUAUUGACACGUAUAUCAGCUCUAUUUGUGGGAAACAAAAAAAAAAAAAUCCUUUCUCUCUCUUAAAAAGUUUUACUGCUGGGUUUAGCGCUCUCUGAGGGACAACUUUCCUGUUUCUGCCCUCCUAUAUUGAUCCUGAUGCGUGUUGACGCGCAGCUGUCAGGUCCUCUCUCCUCCAAUCAGCUGGCCCUCUCACUCUGUCGUACGAUGCUCUGAUCGCGGUGGCUUGUUUUCAUCAUUUCCAUCCAGCGGCUCUGUUCUCCACUCCGCGGAUGAAGAAGGAGCAGAGGCAUCCUGGGAAACAAUCAUAAUAAUAUUAACAAUGGACUGCGCACCGCCAGGCUGUCCUACAUCCCAUCCUUGAUCGAUGCUCUUUCCGGCGUGGCUCGGCGCGGACGUUGCAAGGAGGAGCGGCUUUGUCGGAGGACCGAUGGGGCCGCGCAGCCCCUCUCUCUCCUCUAAAUAAACGGCGUCACAUGCCGCUGGGAAGCGCUUUAUCGCUUCAGAUGAGAGGAGUUUCGGUGAAUGUCGCAUCCCGCAGAAUUUGGAGCAGCGCCUGAGAGCAGCAUGCCCAGAUCACAGGACGUUUUAUAACGCGUCUGUGUCAUUUUCUCUUGAAUCAACCUGGUUAGCCUCACUUUGAAGACUCCUGCAGCCAUGGGUGAGGAAAGCCGCCUCUCUCAUCAGAUCCAGAGCGUGGAGAGGAGCGUGGUGUUCCUCAGGCAGGAGCACCUCACUCUGCUCCACGGCCUCCACCUGGAGAUCCUCUCCCUGCAGAAACGCUGCUCAGAGCUGACGAGUGAGAGGAAAUCGAACCCUCCAGGCAGGACACAGAUAGAAUUACUGGAGGAAGAGGAGAUGCUGGAGGCCCGCUGCAAGGAGCUGGAAACGCGUCUGGACGAGCAGGAGUACACUCUGGGAGAGCUCCGGAAGGAGCUGGGUCACAAAGGAUCGCUAGUGGGAGCCCUCAGAGCCAAUCUCAAGGAAAAGGAGCGUCACUUCCUGGAGGAACUAAAACGGCGCAGCCACUGCUCCACCGUCCUGAACACGGAGCUUCAGAAGCAAACGGAGGCGGCAGCAUACCUCUCCUUCCAGCUGCACGCCGCCAAGCAGAAGCUGCACCACCAGAGGAUGCAGCAGAGGCAGGGACUCCUGGCCAGAGCCAGCAGCCAGGGGGUCCAGCUCGGAGCCGAGCAAAACUCCCCCCUCGCUGGAGCCUCCCCGUCCUCUCCUGUGGUCAAACCCAAGCGUAAGAACAUCCGGGUGUCUUCCAGAGUGGAGCGCGCUCGGGAGUGCGUCCCCAUAGAGAAAGUGCUGGGCCCCGCGGAGCCCACAGCCAUGCCGGACCCGGCGCUCUUCCUGCAGCCUCGCAGGCGCAGAGCGCGCUCCAGACACACUGUGGCACAAAGACAGCCGCCUCUGGGCCUGGAGAGGGACGACCAGGAGGAAGGAGGCGGGGAAGGAGUAGUGGAGGUCCACGAUGACGCAGCCAGACUGAUGUCUACAGCAGCAGCGCCCCCUGCUGCUCAGACCAACGCAGAUUAGCGUCUGAGCAGAUCUGCUUGUGCCUACAGUGCGAUCGCUAUGCGCUAUCUUCCAUCAGACUGUUAAUACUAUUCACUUUUGCUCUGCACCUUGACUGAAUUAUUACCGAGACUGGUUUUAGCUAUUUAAUUACCUUACACCUACUGCUAAUACUUUUCUAAUAAUCUUUAAUAUAAUCCUAAAAUAACUUGCAUAGCAAACGUCAGUGAGUGUCACGACUUAGGUUUGCACUGCUGUUAGACGCUCUGCGUGCUGUGGAGCCUUAAUUUUAAAGCUUUGAUUUGUAAAGACGGUGAGUUUGACCUGGGCCCAGUCCACUGAGAGCUUCCAAGGCCGACUAUAAAUCAGGCUGCGUGUCCAAGUGUUUGUGUCCUCCGACUGAGUCGCAGCUGAAAAUACCUGAGCGGGAGCAGAGCGGUUGUGUGUGUUAAUCACAAUGAGCAGAAUAUAGCACGUGAAAAAGGACAGUUUAUAAUUAUUUUAGAAAUUGUGAGGCCUUUUUUAGCAGACUCUACUGCACUUUCAGAUUUACAAAUCUGUUUCCUGAAUACCAUUUACUUAAAAAUAGUUCAGAAGUAAAAUGUUUUAAGCUGAAAAAUGUUCUCGCAACAGCACAUUUCAUUUCAGAGGCAAAGGGCAUAUAGGCUAUCAUAUCUUUUUCAACUUUUUCUUUUCAGGCUUAUAGCUCAGGAUACCUGAACUUGAAUUUACAAGUACAAAGUAAAAAAAUAAAUACACAACAAACUCAAAAGUAGUAUUGUGUAAUGCAAUGUCAACCCAAGAUAAAAGCAUGCAUAUAGUAAAAAUUCCAGGCGUUCAAGUGGAGAUUAAUGUCUAUUUUUUCUUAAAGAAGAAAGACAGUUGUUUAAAUAAUGAGCUCGACAGUAAUUGUCUAAAACAUAGCAGAAGUGACUGAAAACAGCUGAAAGUCUCACUUUUCUCCAAACAAUCCGCUCAUGUUUUACAUAAUUGUUAUGAUUGUGUCACUACAGUGACACAGUUGUCAACAGGCUGGUCUGGAGACUCUUUCUGCUGCUCCUCUCAAAUGUCUAGACUUCGCUCAACACAAAAACUCAUCUGAGUUUUAAAAUAACCACUUCAAACUUCUCAGGUGUUGUUCGAAGGGCUGGUAAAAUGCUAACAUGGAAUCUGUCAUUAAUUUGGCUCAGACACUGGGGGGGGGGGGGGGGGGACUGCGGUUUCAGGUAUUUUUUUUUUUGUACCAGCAUAAGACGGAUAAAAAAGUAAAAAACCACUGAAUUUCCAAUAUCUCUAUAUUAUUUUUGAAACAUGUCUGUAGCGUGCUAGACUUGCUUUAGGUAAAUUGAUUGUCUCUUGAGUUUUCCUUCUAGUUUUUCAUCCACAGACAAAAUGAUCCUUUGAAGAAGACAAAACUUUAGAAAACAAAAAGAAUCAGAUGUAGUUCCAAUCUAUGCAAACAUUAACACACACACACACAAAAAAAAUGUACAUUUAAAAUAAGAAAAGUCACUCUUCCAUCUUUAAUAAAAAUUAUUUUUUUGCUAUGGAAAAUACUCCAGUAGUCAAGAUUAAAAGCUGAACUUGUGCCUCAGUGCCUCUUGUUGAUCUUCAGGGUUUUUCUUUGGGUUGAAACUUUACAGAACAAGGCCACAUUCAGGUAACAACUCAGCUGUGACUCGUUGGACCAUGAGAUUUGGGUCAGCUUUCCCCUUCGUCAUGUUGCCAUGGUAACCCAAACUCAGAGGCGCCCACGAAGGGGCAAGGGCCACCGCGAUAAGCUUACUCACUUUAUUCGGUCAGACAGUUUUAUGCAUCACAUAUUUUAUAAAUAUGAUAAUUUUUUUUAUUUUUUUUUUAAAGAUACAUAUAAGCAUAUUGAUGUCAUUAGUGUCAUUUUUUUGGAGUUUGUGAAGAUUAUUUGCAAACCCCUUCGAAAAAUUCAACCCAACCUCCUUCAAUUUCGGUGUCCUUUUAAAAAUCAUAUGGUACCAAUGCCCUUAGCUAGAUUUAUUUAAUUUAAUAGGUGUUGCUAGUGAUAAAUCCUAAAAAAAUAACACUUUGUUUGAAGGGGUGUGCUUAAGCCUGACAUGACACUGUCAUACAUGACAUAACAUCUGUCAUGAACAAGGAGUCUUCAUGAACGUUUGUGAAUGUUGUCAUUUGGUGAAUAAUGUCACUUUUAAUGCAAAGCUGACUAUUUUAAUGAACUUUCAAUGCUAGUUUUAAUAGAACUUUACAUUAAAAAUGUCAUUAAAAAGUCCAUCAAUAGUCCAUUACACUUUUAAUGCAACUUUUAGUGCAACUUUGCCUUAAAAAGUGUCAUUAUUUACCGAAUGACACUUCAUGACAACAGUUGUAAACAUUCAUAAAGACUUCUUUAUGUUCAUGACAGGUUUUAUGUCAUGUAUAUAACAGUGCCAUGUAACACUUCAAAUAAAGUGUUAAAAUAUUCAAAGCUACAUUUUAUUUCAUUUGGUAUCUUGUUGCGUACUUCUUUGUAUUACAGCAAAUUUCCAUUGACUGUGGUUCUGAUUUCUGUUAGCCCAACCCUAUAAUUAUGACCAAUAAUCUAACAAAAAAAAAAAAAGUCUGUGAACCCUUUGUUUAUACGACUCCAUUGUUAAUUGGAUUCAUAUAAACAAACUGCGCUGCAGUGGACAUGAACAGAACCACUUUAAAUCGUUAGCUGAACCAAACGGCGAAGGGGCGAAGUGACCAGCACCCAGUCUUCCUCAGGUGUGGUUUGUCUGCUGAACUGCGACUUCAUUUGUUGUUGUUGUUGUGUUGGAGUUUCUUUUGACCUCAGGAGAACAAACAAACAAAAGAGCUUUGUCUUUAAGGAGUCUGUACGUUUUAAAGGCUGGUUUACUCGUUUGUGUCUCUUUACUGUCAAAAAUCUUCACGAGGACAGUAAAGAUCCAGAAAGACGGGAGUCGUCUCUGUCUGGACAUGAGAAGGUGGUGUCCUCUGGUGUUAUGCCACUAAAAUAUAAAUUAAAUUCCAACUUUUUUAAAUGUCUUUUAGGGAUUGUUUUUUGUCUACUGACUGUAAGAAGGUAAUCUUUAAAAAGUAGCUACUUCUCUGUAGUUGCAGCCUUAUAGCAGAGGAUUUGUGCACGAUGAAAUAAGCAGGGCAGGGUGGAAACUAGACAUUUCUUUUCAGUUUGGGAUUUAUAAAUAUAUAUAUAUAAUUUUACUGUGUGUAAUUCUCAGUGUUAUGCUCUGAAUUUUCUGUAUUAUUAACGUCAAACGUGACUUUGCUGCUGUCCUGAUUUGCUUCCUUCCUAAUCUCCAAGUUAAAUGUUUAGCACUACGUUUCACACAUAUACGACAUGUUAAUAGAUGAUUAAUUAUUUGUAUUUAUAUUUAAGAUUACAUAUUCUAAAAUGAGCUAAAAAGGAAUUACCUUUAUAUUUUGUAAUAAUCUAACCUGAGUUUGGUUUGUAAUUUUGUCUGAUAGAUUUGUGUUUUUGCUUCCACUCCUUAAGCAAAUAGGAAUAUUAUUAUGUUUCUUUAUGGACUGUCUUAGUUAAAAUGAAUUAUUUUGCUAAAUAUAUUAACCCAUCCUCUGGUUGUUAUUUUGUUUUUCCAAGACAGCUGUUGGACUGAAAAUAGGAUAUGCGGACUUUAGACUGUUAGACUCCCUUACUGCAACAUUUUUCUUCCACGUCUUCUAGUUUUGCACAAAUUAAUCUCAACACACUUUCAAACCUAGAAUUUUUCUUUGAAUAUUCCAGGUGCAGUGACUCAUCCUAGCCUGGAUUGAUCAUUUCCAACUUUUUACAACAUAUUAAGAGAAAUCUUAAUCAUAAUUCUUGAAAGAUUUACUCUAAGCAGCAAUGCCUCUACACUUUCUCAGUGUUUCGGUCUAAAGUAGAUUUUUCUGGACUGUAUUAAUUUACCUCCAUCAAGCCACUUCUUGGACAUGUUUUCUUGUUUAUUUCUAGCAAUAAUGCUGUGUGGGACUCGACAUGGGAUGGUGUCCCUUAAGGUUCUUGUCCUGGUUUGGCCUGUGGCUGAGCAUGAGACACUGAUUACCGCAUAUACUGUGCUGGCAACCUACAGUGAAACUGUACCAAAAAUGGAAUAAAAUGGGGGACUGCUGAGUGUGCCGAUUACUUUGUCGUUGACAGUUAAUCUGAGGCAAUUAAAAAGAAAUUUUGCAAGUGUA